UUUAACCCCCCGCCGCCGGGGCCUGGCCGGGCUGAUGGAGCCUCUUGCGCCCGCUGCCCCUGCGAGGAAGAGGAGCGUCUCCGGUCUGGAGGUGACUGCAGGCCGGCGAGUACCGUGUGAACUGAGCUUGGCCCAGCGUGGUGGUGGAGAAUAUGAGUUGGUUAUCUGUUCCUGGGAGAAAGAUCCCCCUGUUCAAGAGAACAUUCCCAUCAACAGCCGUUUCAAAUGCGUGCAAGAGGCUGAAGAAACUCUCCUGAUUGACAUAGCGACAAGCACUGGCUGCAAGGUCCGGAUCCAGGGUGAUUGGACAGCAGAACGCCUCUUUGAGAUCCCAGAUGAAGACCAGUGCGCGGAGUUCCUUGCCGAGGUGCUGAGAGUUCAGAAAGUCUCACCAAAAGGAUCGUUCCCUGACCUGGUGGAUCAUGCCUCCUGGCACCAAGUGAGAGGCCUUUCGGGGCCUCCUGAACCCCUUUCUGCAGGGAUUCUAGGGUUCGAGGAUAACUUCAAUGCCCUGAGUUUGGAGAAGAAAAGAAACCUGCAGAAUCAGCAAAUGAGCGCCCGCCGGGAACCCCCGCCGCCGCCCCUGGCCCCAAACAGGCCGGGAAUCCGCGAGAAGGAAAGUGUCGGCAAGGACCAGCCCAAAGUCAGCAACACCAUGCGCAUGCUCUUCGUGCCUUCCACGCAUACGCAAUCCGGGCAGAGGGAGGGGCUGAUCAAGCACAUCCUCGCCAGACGGGAGAAGGAGUAUGUCAACAUCCAGAAUUUCAGGUUUUUUGUGGGGACGUGGAACGUGAACGGGCAAUCUCCAGACAGCGGAUUGGAACCCUGGCUGAACUGUGACUCUGAACCCCCAGACAUCUACUGCAUUGGGUUCCAGGAGCUGGACCUGAGCACAGAGGCGUUCUUCUACUUCGAGUCCACAAAGGAGCAAGAGUGGCUGACGGCGGUGGAGAAGGCGCUGCAUGCCAAAGCCAAGUACAAGAAAGUGCAGCUGGUGCGUCUGGUUGGCAUGAUGUUGCUCAUCUUCGUCAGGAAGGACCAGCUCAGCUCUAUCAAGAGUGUGGUGGCAGAGACAGUGGGCACAGGCAUCAUGAGCAAGAUGGGUAACAAGGGUGGCGUGGCCGUCAGGUUCGACUUCCACAACACCAGCUUCUGCGUCGUCAACUCUCACCUGGCUGCCCACGUGGAAGACUUUGAACGCCGCAACCAGGACUACAAGGACAUCUGCGCCCGGAUGAGCUUCCUGCCCCCUGACCAGGGUCUGCCGCAGAUGACCAUCAUGAAGCAUGAUGUUGUCAUCUGGCUGGGCGAUUUGAACUACAGGCUUUGCCUCCCCGAUGCCAACGAUGUGAAAACUCUGAUCAGUAAAAACGAGCUUCAGAAACUGCUGACGUACGACCAGCUGAAUAUUCAGCGUACUCAAAAGGCGGCUUUUGCAGACUUUACAGAAGGAGAGAUCAAGUUCAUCCCCACUUACAAAUUUGACUCCAAAACAGAUCGCUGGGAUUCCAGCGGGAAGUGCCGCGUCCCGGCCUGGUGCGACCGAAUCCUCUGGCGAGGGGGCAGCGUCCAUCAGCUCCACUAUCGCAGCCACAUGGAACUGAAAACGAGCGACCACAAGCCCGUCAGCUCCCUCUUCCUGAUCGGGGUGAAAGUCGUGGAUGACAAGCGGUACCGAAAGGUGUUUGAGGACAUCGUCCGGAUGAUGGACAGGAUGGAGAACGACUUCCUUCCGUCGCUAGAGCUGAGCCGGAGGGAGUUUUCCUUUGAGAAUGUGAAGUUCCGGCAGCUGCAGAAGGAGAAGUUCCAGAUCACGAACAACGGCCAGGUCCCCUGCCACUUCUCCUUCAUCCCCAAGCUCAACGACAGCCAGUACUGUAAGCCCUGGCUCCGCGCCGAGCCCUGCGAGGGCUUCGUCGAGCCAAACGAGGAGGUGGAGAUCUCCCUCGACGUCUACGUCAGCAAGGACUCGGUGACGCUGCUCAAUUCAGGGGAGGACAAGAUCGAAGACAUCCUCGUCCUCCACCUGGACCGGGGCAAGGACUACUUCCUCACCAUCAGCGGCAGCUACCUGCCCAGCUGCUUCGGCACCUCCUUGGAGGCGUUGUGCCGGAUGAAGCGGCCGAUUCGCGAAGUCCCCGUCACCAAGCUCAUCGAUCUGGAGAAAUCCCUUCUGGAGAUGGUGCCCUCCGACGGCGAGGACUCCAGCGAGCGGCCUUUGCACAUACCCAAGGAGAUCUGGAUCUUGGUAGACCACCUCUUCAAGAACGCCUGCCAUCAGGAGGACCUUUUCCAGACCCCAGGCAUGCAGGAUGAGCUGCAGGAGAUUAUCGAGUGCCUGGAUACCAGCAUUCCUGAGACAAUCCCUGGCAGCAACCACUCGGUGGCCGAGGCUCUGCUCAUCUUCCUGGAGGCGCUGCCGGAACCCGUCAUUUGCUACGAACUGUAUCAGCGCUGCCUCGACUGCUCGCAAGAUAGCCGCCUCUGCCGGCAGGUGAUCUGCCAGUUGCCGCGGUCCCACCGGAACGUGUUCCGCUACGUGAUGGCCUUCUUGCGGGAGCUGCUGAAAUACUCCGAGAGCAACAACGUCAGUGCCAACAUGCUAGCCACCCUCUUCGCCAGCCUCCUCCUGCGGCCGCCGCCCAACCUCCAGGCGAAGCAGAGCCCGUUCGACCGCCAGCGGGCCAUCAGCUUCCUCCUGGGCUUCCUGCUGGGGGCAGAAGACUACUAAAGGUGCCAAAGCGUGGGCUUCCGCACCAGCCGGCGGGACAGCUUGGAGACGGAGGGUGUGGGAAGAGAAGGGCGGGGCACUACCGCCGCCAGCCCCCUCCCGAAGCUUCACCCGCGCCGCCUUUCCCCUGGUCGCGGCUGGCUCCUCGUCCGCUCCGCACACAAGCCACUCCAGAGCCGUGGCAGGCGGAUGGCCGGCUCGAGGGCAUUUGCUGGGCGUAGCCAGGGAUUGGCUGGCAGUUCUCCCCACCCCCCGCCAUCCCAGUGCACUACCCCGCUCCCUCCCCUCGUGCUCCAGCACUGGCUGCCCUUUCUGGACGCAAGGCCUAAGAAAUCCCAGCCUGUUCCAGAGCAGCAGGAGCCUUCAUUGUCUAUCCCCUGGGUCCCCUGCUGCGAGUUAAGAAGGGGCAGGGCCUCCCCCACUGUGGCCUCUGUACUUAGCCUGCUCUGUGUACAGUUCAGAUAUCUGUCCCCAAGUCGAGUGCGUGGUGCCUACCGGUCUCCUUUUGAUGAAACACUAAGCACUGCCUCUAAAGGAAGGGCCAAGGAAGGAGAGAGGGCUGAGGAGGAGGAGGAGGGUCUGUGCCUUGUGCUGUGGCCGUGGGUAGAGAGGUGGUGGGCUUCCACUCUUGUCUUUCCGGUUGUCUGUUCUGGGUUCCUGUGCUUUGUGCUCUCUUCUCUUUCUCUCGUUUUUUUUUUAAGCUGUAUAAUUUAUUGGGAAACUGUUGUUCCAAAAUAAACUGUUGUGCAAA